CAGCAGUUAGAUUUUAAUGAGAGUGCAGGACAGGGCUUUUAAGAAAGUAAAUAAAUUGCCUUUACAGUUCAGGUGAAAGUCUAUAAUUAAACAUCCGAUCAAACUGCAAAAGUUUAUAACGUUUAUUAUGGACUGGCAUCAGCAGCACUUAUCCCAACAAGCAGCUCACAAACGCAAGACAAACCAUUAGCAUUUUCACAGAGCAUGUCAAUGUCCCCAUCUGAGCCGAAACCACCCGGUAUAAGGUCACCAGCGAGGACUUCAAUGCAACCAGCGUGGAGUAUCAAAGGCUUGUGGAGUUGUCUCAUCGUCCCAUAAAAGUCGCCAUAAUAUCAGUUUUGGGUGCCAUGAUCACGUUGGGAAACAUAGCGGUGAUCUUGGUUAUAGCCUCCUCGGUGGCCGGCUGGUCCAGGAACUCUCGAUACUUCCUGAUGUCUCUAACUGGGGCAGACACUGCUUUUGGGCUGAUCGUCAUGCCCCUGAACCUGUGUGUAAGUCUUCUGAAGGACUACAGCGACGGGCCGGACCCGCUUUGCCAUGUCGUGGCAUUCGUGAAUUCCACCAUCUACGCCACUUGCAUGUACACGCUGGCCACUAUAAGCAUAGAGAGAUACGUGGCCGUCUUUUAUCCACUAAAGUACUCUUCGGUCAUGACCCGAAACAGAACCCAACUUCUGAUCGCCUUCGCCUGGUUCUUCCCUCCAAUUUUACUACUGCCCAUUUCUUUCCCCAACACGAUCAUCGAGGUGCACUUCUCCACCGCAUCUUUAGUUUGCAAUCCUUCGUACUCCAGCAACGUCGGGUACUCGCUGACUUUAACCGGCUUGAUAUUCUUCCCAUGUUCUACCAUCAUGACAUACGCCAACCUCCGGCUCUGGCUAGCGGCGAAGAAGCAGCGCAUCAAACUUUCAAAACACGAAAUGGGAGGCAGGGACCGGCCUGACGUCGCCUCGCGGGUGCUGGUCCCGGUCAUGACCGUGUACUACGCCUGCUGGACUCCUUGCAUGGUUACAAUACUAUAUAAUGCCAUCUCGGGCAGUGCGGUCCCAGAGUGGGUGGAGUUUGUGGCUGUGUGGCUGCCUACCGCCAAUGGCUUCCUCAACUGCAUCUUCUAUUUCUGGAUCAACCGCAGCUUUCGGCGGAAGUUUCGAUUAGUGGCACAGAGGCUUUGCCUGUGCAUGUGCCCCCAGCCCGGGCGGGGGCUGAGGUGCUCGGUCCCUGGGGGGGUUCACGUGGUGGCCAGUGUCUGGGACAACAACAAUUGCCUCCAGGAGCGCUCGGCCAGCGUGUCCUCGACAUGCACGCUGAUCACGCUGGCCAUGGAGACCCACAUGUGACGAUUUGGCUGCUGGCUGGCCCCUUCUCCAGCAGCCUGUGUACAGUGAACCCCCCACCCCAAAACACAGGUCGGUCGCUGUGGAACUAGAAUUAAUAGUUAAGCUUCUGUAAAGGUGAAUCCAAGAUCAGUCAGUAUGGUGGUCGGUCUGAUUGAAUUGGUCUGAGAUUGAAGGCUGAGUAUUUUCCGCUGGCUGCCAUGAUGAUUUUGUACGAUGGACUUUGACAACUUCACCAGAAAUUCAAUCUUGAAGGACCUGGCUAGUUUGAUCUGUAUAUAACUGCAUUCUCUUAAAUCGCUAAUCUGAACAUCGUACCAUGUUUUUAUGCUUUUCAAACAAAAAAUUAAUGAAUUUGUAUAUUAAAAAUUUUAUAUUUGUAAAAAAAAAUAUGCACUUAAGUACUGUAUGCUUGUUCAAAAUUGAAUUUGUAAGGGGAAAAUAAAGCUUAAUGCCUUUGUUUCUAA